GUCAGAAUUUUCAAAAAAUCGAUUUUUUUUUUUUUGCAUUUUCUUAAAGUAUAAUAUUUUAAAAAUAUUGUGUGAAAAUUUGAAGUGAAUCCGACAAAUUCUUUUCGAGUUAUUUAACAAUGACCAAAGGACGCCAAUGACCAAAUGACCAAUGGAGGUGGAUGCGAUGGUCGAAAUGUUUUCGUAUUCUGAAACUAAAUAUGGAGUUAAGUAUGCCAACUAUAUUGGUGAUGGUGACUCCAAGACCUAUUCAGGAAUUAUAAAAUCAGAUCCUUACGAAAAUACAACUGUAAAUAAAAAGGAAUGUAUAGGGCAUGUCCAAAAGCGGAUGGGGAGUCGAUUACGUACGCUGAAGAGUAAACAAAAAGGUCUUGGUGGUCGAGGUAAGCUCACAGGAAAAUUAAUAGACAAACUAACUGUGUACUAUGGUUUAGCAAUACGCCGGCAUUGUGAUUCUAUUGAAAAUAUGAAAUCUGCUAUAAUGGCAACCUUUUAUCACUACGGCUCGAGUGAUGAAAAACCGAAUCAUGAUAUGUGUCCAAAAGGCGAAGAAUCUUGGUGCUCUUACCAGCGCGCUGAAGCAAGAGGAGAGCUUGAUACCUUUUCUCACGAUUAUUCUCCUUUACCUUCUGAUGUUUUAAAAGCUAUCAAGCCUAUAUACGAAGAUCUUAGUAAUGAAAAUUUACUUUCAAGAUGUGUAGGUGGAUUCAAUCAGAAUAAUAAUGAAAGCUUUAACCAACUAGUAUGGAAAAUAUGCCCAAAAACGGUAAAUACUAGUUUUACCAUCGUACAAAUAGCUGCAUACGUUGCUAUGUGUAUAUUUAAUGAGGGUAUAAAUUCAUUAUUAGUCUUGAUGAAUACACUAGGACUUAAUUGUGGGCCUAAUUCUCAUCGGUAUGCAGAAAGAAUGGAUGCUGCACGUAUCAAAGUAGCAGAUAAGCGCGCUAAUGAUAACACCCGAGAAGGUCGAUUGCAACGUAGGCACCAGCAAAUCGAUAUUUUGGAAGCUGCUAUGUCGGCUGAAGAGCUAUUAUAUGGUCCAGGAAUAGAUGACUCAGUAUGAAUCUCCAAGGACUUAUGAUGAUCACCGCAAAGGACUUCGGGAGGAACGGGCUCUACAAAAACAGCGAUAACUUUUUGAAUUAUUAAUUUUUUUUUUUGAAAUUUUCGUGAAGUCAAAUCGAAACGUGUUCUAAUAAAGCUAUGUUUUUAUUUUUGUCAAAUAAAGUAAUUAACUACAAAAAAAAAAUUAUUGAAAAUCAUC